CUCGAUGCCACCCGUGUGUCACUUGUUGCAAUUGCAUACGAUUGAUUCGCUCCAGAAGGAGUCUUCUCCCUCCUCCACACCCACCACCAAGAUCCCGUGUCGCAUUUGAUAGGACGACCCUAGACCUUCCCAGAGCGAAGCACCCGAUCCCGAAGCGAAGCAGAAUCCGAAUCAAUACAGUACGAGUACGAGUACGGUACCGAACCCAAGACCAAUACUUCCACCAUGGACCUCCUCUCCUCGGUCGCCAGCACCCGGCCCGUCGCCUCGUCCGAGGCCACCUACUCCUGCACCCUGACCAAUACCUGGUCCGGCGCCACCCACCCGGUCGGCUACGAGGCGAUCCGCAGCUCGGCCCACUGGUCCCCCCCCGUGGUGGUGGUCCACAACCAGCUCUACGACCUGUGGAGGCCCAAGUUCAAGGCCUCGGAGGGCGUCAAGCUGCUGGCCGAGAUGGGCCUCACGGACAAGCUGGUCCAGGAGCUCAAGGCCGCCUCGCAGACCACCGGGAGAUACGUGAAGGAGUGGACGAUCGGGAAGAACCAGUUCAACUCGGUGGGGAUUCCGCAGGUCCUGGGGGACGUCACCCUGACGCAGGACUUUCCCUACCUCUCCUCCAUCACCAUGGUCGCCCCGAGCCCCGACUGGUUUAGCGGCUUUCCCAAGGUCUCCCCCAUCGAAAACACGGACGGCGUCGGCUUCUGGUUCGAGUCCUUUUCCAUGGCCACGUUCCCCUGGGACGCCGGGACCGAGGCCGGGGAGGCCUACUCGACCUCCAACCCCGACCAGGACCCGAGGGCACCCAUCACCCAGCUGACGGCGGAGACGGUUCCCUCCAGUGGGAUCCUCCUGGACCCGACGGGGGAAAAGGUCCUGCCCAUGGCGACCUGGUCCUGCGAGCUCCGGCCGCUCCCGUYGGAACAAGACGAAGACCAAGACGAAGAAGCGGAAGGCCCCGGGGACCGGAUCGAUCUCCCCGAGGGAACGGGCGAUCCACAAGGCGAGAACGAAGACAGCGAGAGCGAGAGCGAUGGCGAAGGCGAGGUAUCCCCUCCCGGGCAAGACGGCACCGAUCCGCAGGUCUUGGACGACGAAGAAGAAGACGACGGGGGAGAUGCCCCCCCCGCGACGGACGGGGAGGACCCCGGAGAAUCCGAAGAGCCCGACCAGAAGCCCCCGGGCGUCGGCGUCGGCGUCGAAGACGACGUCGAGAACGAGAACGAAAACACAACCGAGACGGGAGACAACGAGCCGGUCAACCAACCCACGAACCCAACUCCCCCCACCCUGGACGUCCCCACGAACUGCCUCCGGUACUUCUUCUCCUGCCAGUCCAACGGCGAGUGCUGCUCGGGGAGCUGCGACCCCCGGAGCAACCGCUGCUCCUCGAUCGGCGGCCGGCAGAGCGAGCGGUCCGAGUCCAAGCGCCUCUCCAACCAGGGGGGGAUCGUCAUGGGGGGGUCCGCCGGCCGGACCUUUCGGCGCUCGGGGAUCCUCGGGAGGACCCACGGCCGCGGAAGCGGGCGCUCGCUCCUCCCCGACCCUGCGGAAACCGUCGGGGAAGCAAAAGCCGAAGCGGAAGCCACCCGGGGACUCCGGGGCCGGGCCUAGCGGAAGCACACCGAACCGAAUCGCACCGAACCAAAGCCUCCCCCACGCCACCCUUGGGAGCGAGCGGACCACCCUGCGAACACCCCACAAACAAACGAACGAACGAACGAACGAACGAACGAGCCAACCAGCCAAUCGCUCCGUGCCGACAACGAUCCGUCCCACCGGUGACCACCGCCUCUGGUUGGCUCCGAAGGAUUCCGAAAAAGACACGGUGGUUUCGUGUCGCUCGGAACCUUUUCUUUAGUACCGUACCCACCACCGAAACACAAUUCCUACAUUGCUUUAUUCCUACCAAUAGCACUCGCUGUAUAUCUAUCUAACACAACACGCGUGGACCGUCCUAGACAAAACAACAACAACAAUGAUUGAAUCGUAUGAUGAUCCAUCUAGAUAAAUAUUUUGAACAACACACCCCUAUUCCUUUAAGUAGUGUACCGUAGCAGUAGUAUUCCAGAUGAACAAUAGAUUAUGCACUAAAAA